UAACAAAACGCAUCUUCUAUUUCAUAAACCCUAGAAAGAAAGUUCAUUUCUCUGUAAACCCUAGAUCAAAAUCACAAUGUCAGACAACAUUCCCUUCGAACUCCAACAGCUAAUCAUCAACAAGCUUCCGGUGGAACCCUUGAUUCGAUUCCGAUCGGUCUGCAAAGCAUGGAAGUCACUGAUCGACAGUCCCGAUUUCAUUCUUAAUCAUAUCAAGCAACAACAACAGCAACAUCUGCUCGUAAGGUAUCAAGACGUUCUUAAUCUCGAGCUAAAAUAUGUUUCAAUUGCUGACAACGAUGAUGAUACUGAUACUUUCCCCAAACAUAAGGUUUUUGUAACUCUUCCCCAAUUAGUAGUUAAUAUGGGUAAUCAUUAUACCACUGUUGACAGCUCUCACGGAUUAUUCUGUUUGUUCAGUAAAACCGUGUUCAGUAAAACCGACAGAAAAGCGGUUAUUUGGAAUCCUUCUAUUAGGAAAGCGGUUGAUGUUCUUCUGCCUGAUAUGGCUGAUGAUGAGAUUGAGUGGUAUAGAACCGUUUUAGGGUUUGGGGUUUGUCGGGAGACUAAGGACCCGAAGAUUGUUCAGAUAAAGAUAGAUACAGAUAUAGAUAUGGAAGAUGCGGUCCCAUGGCAAGUUGAGGUGUUUACGUUAAGCACAGGGGUUUGGAGAAGUGCGUAUAGCGGCAAUGUACCUAGUAAGUUUGUUAGAUUUAGUACUGGGGAACAGGUGGUUGUAGGUGGAGUUGUUUAUUGGCUAGCUAGUGGGCUUGCUAGUGAUAGGGUUGACGGUGGACAUGGGUGUGAUAACUUGAUUGUUUCGUUUGAUUUGACGAGUGAAGAGGUUGGAGAAGUGAAGCUUCCGGGUAGAUUAGCGCACACUCAUGUUACUUUGUCUCUGUUUAAGCUAAGGGAGUCCCUUGUUGUGAUUGAAGGCGGUCUAGAGGACUAUAAACUGGUUUAUCAUGUAUGGAGGAUGGAGGAUGGUGUUCCAAAGUUGUUUGAAAAGCUCUUCACUAUCGGCGGUCACUCACCAGAUGGAUCGAUGGUUUCUGUAAGGGGCUUUAGGAUGACCGGUGAAGCUUUAGUCGACUUGCGAGCUCAUCCUGGCUUCGUUAGAACACUUGCUGCUUAUGAACCCUACUCUAACUCCAUCAAAAAUCUUGGGAUUAGUGAAAGACAUAUUUCUGUGUAUUCCUACACGGAAACACUACUUCUGCUUUGAUCAGCCUGUUAUUAUAGUUUAUGAAGAAGGUAUCUGGUGGAAAAAGUGUUUGAGGAAGUUGGGAAGUUGUUCAUCUCUCAUCAGCAUAAUAGUGCGUGUCAUGUGGGGAAGAAGAAGAGUUAAGAAAUAGCUUCAAGUGUAUAUGGAUUAUGAUAUGAUCGGGUCGUUUUAUAAAGAUGAUUGGAAUAGCACAGGGUCUUAUUAAAAACUUAUGUUUUAAAACCAUGAAUUUGGAUUUUAUAGCACUAAUAUAGAAGAAUUAAAACUCUA